CCGACCAGUAGACUUCAACCUGUUGUGGCGAGUGAGCGCUUAUCUCCGCGCGUCCUGGAAACUUGAAUGCCCGUAGAGAGAACGUCGACGGUCCAAGAUGGCGGAGGAAUUAUCGGACUUUGAGGACCUUUUGGGCGGGGGAGGAAGUCCCGGAGGAGGAGAUAACGCCACCGCCAGAUUGGAGGAACUGAAGGUGGCGCUCGAACACUUCCAGAGUAACACGGAUGUCUUCUUCCUCAUUACUAUGGGAACGAUCGUGUUCUUUUUGCAGGCCGGUUUUGCUUUCUUGGAAGCUGGUACCGUGAGAUCAAAGAACACGACCAAUAUUCUGAUCAAGAAUAUGUUAGAUGUUUUCAUCGGCGGCAUCGCGUACUGGCUCGUGGGCUUCGCUCUGGCCUUCGGCGAGGGCAACAUGUUCUGCGGGACCGUCUACUGGGCCUCCGUCGGCGUCCCCGACGAGCGCCUCGCCUUCUGGUUCUUCCAGUUCGUGUUCGCCGCCACCUGCGCCACCAUCGUCUCGGGCUCCAUGGCCGAGAGGUGCGCCUUCAGCGCCUACUUCAUCUAUUCGAUCAUUUUAACAGCUUUCGUGUACCCCAUCGUGACUCACUGGGCGUGGACGGAGGAGGGCUGGCUGUCCACCCGCGGCUACCAGGACUUCGCUGGGGCCGGCGUCGUGCACCUCACGGGCGGCGUCGCAGCGCUCGUGGGCGCCAUCAUUCUCGGGCCGAGAAUCGGGCGCUUCGGGCCCAACGGGAGGGAGAUUCGUGGCCAUUCGGUGCCGCUGGCUGCUCUGGGGGGCUUCAUCCUCCUGUUCGGCUUCCUCGCCUUCAACGGGGGCUCGCAGGCGUCCAUCAGCCAGGAGGGCGACGCGGCGGCGGUGGCCAAGUCCGUCGUGAACACCGUCAUCUCCGGCUGCUCCGCCGGCAUCGUCGUUCUGCUGCUCUACCGCUCCGGCCUCUGCGGUCGCACGCAGACCUGGUCGUUCCUCAUGACCCUCAACGGCGCCCUGUGCGGCAUGGUGUCCAUCUGUUCCGGGUGUAACGUGAUGAGGCCGUGGUCGGCUUGCGUCACGGGAAUAGUUGCUGGCCCCGUCUUCCUCGCUUUCCACAAGUUGCUACCGAAACUUAGAGUGGACGACCCUCUGGACGCCGUGGCCGUGCACAUGGGAGGCGGCCUGUGGGGGCUGGUGUCCGUGGCACUCUUCCAGGACGGUGGCAUCGUUUUCGGAGGCACACCCAUGCUCCUGGCGUGGAACAUGGUCGGGGCGCUGGCCAUCAUCGGCUGGUCGGGAGGAAUCUGCGUCAUCAUGUUCGGUAUCAUGAGGCUGUCGGGCUUGCUCCGGGUUCCUCCUGAGCUGGAAAUGCAGGGUAUGGACAUUGUGAAACACGGCGAGCCUGCAUAUCCGGCCAAGUCUUGGGAGGAGCAUCAGUAUGGGGACAGCCAAUCACAUUCAGGAAGGAACAAGUACUUGCCGCCCAACAUGAGCUCACCUUGGUACCAGGGCUGGGUGGGGGGCGCCAUGCCCUCUUACGCCCCUUACGCCCCCUACUGGACGCUCCCAGGGCCUCAUCGCGGGGGGCCAUACCCUCCAGCCCAGGACCCCUCCACCCUGCCUCGCCCCAACGGCAGAAGGGUGAGCGAGUUCGCCGUGAGUGACGUCAACCAGCACUACGAGAUGGAGACGAAGGGAUACCCGCACCGAGGCAAGAGAUCGAGCGGCUAUUACAAUGACGGCUUCGAGGAGGAGCACUCGAAGAUGUGAUCAGCGUCCUUCCGAAACGUUAAUCAAAAUUGUCGUACUGCAGUGUUUGUUUAAAUCUUCGAAUUCCGUAUUUGUUUUCAGGAGAAGUUUGUUGUUGUGUAAGAAUGUGUACACGUUCAUGGUAUAGAUUGAAACGUCUACACACACAUUAUUUUAAAAUAUUUAUAUGUGAAUGUCCGUGGAAGUACAAACGAAUUACUGUUUUCUGAAGAGUGAUUGCAAGUACGCUCUUUUUGGAGUGUAAUUAGUGAAAUAUUCAGUUUUUAUACUAUACACAAGUAUAUAUUUACAUUUUACCUUAGUUAGGUAUGAACAUUUACCUCGUAAAACUAAUAUAUACAUAUUUAUAUCGCUUUUUUAUAUAUCAAAAUGAGAUUGUACAUAUGCAGUAGUUCAUAUGAAAACUAGAUUAUCUUUUAGACUUACCUCAUUACUGGCUAUAUUCUUUUAAUGUACUGAAAUAUACUAAGUUUUAAAAGGGUACAAUAUAA